UUGCACCAACCGAGCCCAGUAACGUUGAGGCCGAAAGGCGAGGGUGUGUGAUCGCGCCGCGGAGCUCUGUGACACCGACACCCACCCAGCAUGCUGCUGGAGCCGAGCAGAGGAGCCUCCUUUGUUUGCGUUUAACUGGCGCGGAGAGGGAGGUGAGAGAUGCGAACCCCGCUGCUCUGUUUCUCUUCACUGUCAACAACACUCCCGCCGCAGCUCCGCGCACGCCUCUUUUCAGUUCAUUUAACGGCGCUGCACCGAGAGGAAAUCACUAGGACUAUGUGAGCAUCAUGCUCCCUGUGAGAUGCCUGCUGUUCGCUGCAGUGUGUGCACGGUGCGCCGUGACAGGCCCGGGCGCUGAUCCGCCUCUUGUGUCCUCUGCAGGUCUGAGGGAAUGGGUGAGUUUGGAGGGAAGGCUGCCUCCUGCAGAGGAGGUCGUUCAGCCCAAGAGGCUGCUGCAACAGAUCCACUCCCAGGAGGAGCUGCUCCACAGCCACCUGGACACCCGGGUCAAGAGCAACGCAGCGGGGGUGCAGCCUGUUCAUCUGGCCCAGAGCAGCUUCCUGGUGGAGGCCUACGGCACAUCCUUCAUCCUUGACCUGGAACUCAACCACAACCUUCUGUCUACAGACUAUGUGGAGCGUCACUAUGACGAGAACGGGCAGCUGUUGCAGAAUAUGGGAGGAGAGCACUGCUACUAUCAUGGGGGUGUGCGGGGGCUGCCGGGCUCCUGGGCUGCUCUGUCCACCUGUCACGGCCUGCACGGGAUGUUUUCUGAUGGGAACUUCUCCUAUGGGAUUGAACCUGUUGGCAGCGGUGAGGAGCAGAAUGACCACAUUGUGUAUCGCAUGCCGGACAUCGACCUCUUUCCACCUCCCUGUCCAGGAUGCACCGUGAACAGCACAGAGCCCGAGGGGCAGACAGACGUCCACAGUGGUGGAGACGGCGAGCUGAAGGAUGGAGACGACUGGUCUGACCAGGAGAAGACCGUCUUUACAGAAGGCCUGAGGCGCUCAAAAAGACAAGUGCGGCGAGGCCAGCGCACCGUCCAGACUGAGACCAAGUACAUCGAGCUGAUGGUGGUAAACGACCACGAACUGUUCGUGCAGCUCCGUCGGUCGACCACUCAGACCAAGAACUUUGCCAAAGCGGUGGUUAACAUGGCCGAUGCGAUCUACAAGGAGCAGCUCAACACUCGCAUCGUCUUGGUGGCCAUGGAAACCUGGUCUGCUGAAAACAGGGUCUCCGUGGGCGAUGACGCCUUGCUCACCCUGCGCGACUUCAUGAAGUACAGGAAGGAGAGCAUCAAGGAACGCUGCGACGCUGCUCACCUCUUCUCUGGGAGGACGUUCAUGAGCAGCCGCAGCGAGGCAGCCUACAUUGGGGGCAUCUGCUCACUCACCAGGGGUGGAGGCAUCAAUGAGUUUGGCAGUGUGGGCCCCAUGGCCAUCACGUUGUGUCAGAGUCUUGGCCAGAACAUUGGCAUGCUGAGGAACAAAGAGCGACCGGCUGCAGAAGACUGCAGGUGUCCAGACCCAUGGCUGGGCUGUAUCAUGGAGGAUACUGGUUACUACCUGCCCAGGAAGUUCUCUCGCUGCAGUAUAGAUGAGUACCUGCGCUUCCUCCAACAGGGAGGAGGCAGCUGUCUCUUCAACAAGCCCACCAAGUUGUUAGACCCACCAGAGUGUGGGAAUGGAUUUGUGGAGCUGGGAGAGGAAUGUGACUGUGGGUCACUAGUGGAGUGUGCACGGAGUGGAGCCAACUGCUGUAAGAAGUGUACUCUUACCCACAAUGCCAUGUGCAGCAACGGGCUCUGCUGCAGGGACUGCAAGUACGAACUGAGAGGGGCAACGUGCCGCGACGCCGUUAACGACUGUGACAUUCCUGAGACCUGCACAGGAGACUCCAGCCAGUGUCCUCAUAAUGUCCACAAACUGGAUGGCUACAUGUGUGAUGCUGGACAGGGCCGUUGUUAUGGAGGUCGGUGUAAGACCAGAGAUGGCCAGUGCAGGACUCUGUGGGGCUACAACUCAGCUGACAGGUUCUGCUAUGAAAAGCUGAACUCUGAGGGCACAGAGAAAGGAAACUGUGGCCCGGACUCCAGUGGUCAGGGAUGGGUGCAGUGCAACAAGCAGGACGUUCUGUGUGGUUUGCUUCUGUGCACCAAUCUGACAGCUAGACCGAGUUUUGGCGAACUACAGGGGAAGCUCACCAGUCUGACAAUCCACCAUCAGAACAGAUACAUGGACUGCAGGGGUGGCCAUGCAGUGCUGGAUGACGGCUUGGAUCUGGGCUACGUGGAGGAUGGGACGCCAUGUGGUCCAAACAUGAUGUGUUUGGAGCGUCGGUGCCUCCCUGUCACCACAUUCAACCUCAGCACCUGCCCGGGCUCCUCGUCCUCACGAAUCUGCUCCCACCACGGAACUUGCAGUAACGAGGUGAAGUGUAUCUGCGAUCCAGACUACACUGGGACAGACUGUAGUGUGUUUGACCCCAUUCCCAUCCCCACCCCGCCAGAGGGCCCAGAGAAACACAGAGAAACAUCCGAAGAGGAAGAUCUUCGGGUGUCUGAGUCGUAUCUCUUCGCUGUCCUGUCUACCUUAACACUGUGUGUCCAGUCUGUUCUGAGGAGACAAAACAAAGAUGUCUUCCACUUACGAGCCCUCAGACCUUUCCUCUUUUCUUCUCUGAUUUUUAUUGGUAUUCUCCUCCUGGAAAGUCGAAUCAUUACUUCUUAUUGGUUUGGAAGCCCUGAGGAGACGUUCUCACCAGAUCUGACUGGCUGUCAGGGAUCACCUGAUUUCAAAUGUCCAAGUAGAUGACAGACAGACACACACAGACACACACAGACACAGACAGACAGACAGACAGACAGACAGAGACAGACAGACACAGACAGACAGACAGACAGACACAGAGACACAGAGACACAGACAGACAGACAGACAGACACAGACAGACAGACAGACAGACACACACACAGGCCCUUAACUCAAGUGUGUUCACUCAACCUUUCCAGGUUUCUUUUCCCUUCCACUGGUUACAGCUGUUCUUCUGCCAUAUCGACUGUUACUCUGCUUGUGAUUUCAUAGAAGGAGGCCAUGUACUUCUCCUCAUCUGGACUUAUUUGGGGGAAGGCUUCUGUUAAUACACAUAUUUAACCUCGUGGAGAACACAACCACCUCCUUUUAGUGGUGUGACUGCAAUAGAAGUGUAUAAAUAUCACCAAAUAGUGAAUGUUUCAUCUGUCUGGAUGAGGAUUAUUUUUGUCUGCUUGGCCUUUACAUUCCACAGUUAUAGCCAUGCUUUCUCCUUGUAAGCUGCAUUUCAUUAUCAAACAGUAAUCCAUUGUCAAUCAACGCUUCAACAUAAUAUGCUUUAAUGUACGAAUGUAUAGUUCAGGAGUGCAAGGAAGUUUGUUGUGUUUCUGUGCUGAUGACAUCCAAGUACUUUGUACUUUCCUGCAGCCAAGCACAUGAACACACUGAAUGUUUUAUCCUGCUGUAUGAUAUGUAAUUCAUGUACAAACAAUAUGCAUACACGUAUGCUGAACAUAGGUGCUGAUGUACAUAUAGUGUAUCAUAAGGAUGUCUCAUUUAGACAGCAGUGACUCACUGCCGCUCUGAGUGGAAGCACAAGUUUGGAGAGAGAAGACUCUUCCUGCCUCUCAGCGUAAAACUGCUCAUUUUGAAGGUUUAACUAGCAAGAGAGGAUUGAAAUCUUCACAGUUUGUACCUUUCAGGAUAAGUCUGAGCUCCUCUUGUUGGCAAAUUGCCUGAUCAUUUGGGCCACAGAGAUGAUGUGUGAGUAUUGUAUGUUUCGUACAUGCCUCUUGAGAGAAUUUCAAGUUUCAAGCUGCAAAAUGAUGAACUAGAUCACAGGUUUCAAAGCUUAUAUUUAACACAGGUUCUCCCUCAGUUCAACAUAUACACACUAAUUAUAAUUUGGCUGAGGUAAUAGUAGAAAUGGCAAAAAGAUUUCAAAAAUGCUUUAUCUCUAAAUGGCUUCAGAUCAUUUAAUUCUGACUGAACAGAUCCAUAUAAUAAGCAAUAAAUAUGUACAUAUGAAAAAAAAAAAGUCUGUUCAAGGUGAAAAACAAACACAACAAGUAUCAAAAAUUUUCUCCCUUUACAAAGAGACUCCAAUUCGGCAGCUUCUACUUGCUUCACCCUCUCCUUUUAAAUCAGGUUUAGAAGAUGUCCUCCUGUGGUUGUUAUUAUAUACAAAGACUGCUUGGGAAGCUUCGUUUCACCAAUAACAAUGACGUACUGCUAUAGCACACAUGCCAGAAGAGAUGAUCCAAGUUACACUGCCAGUCAAGAUACAGUAGCAUUAAAGGAAUGUGUUGACAUUUUGAGCCACAGGAAUCCAUCUAGUGAGGAUCUCUGCCUCUAAAAUUAAGUUAAUCGACUAAACCGCUCAAUGACGUUCCUAAUGACUGCAGUUAGUAAUUUGGUUUUUGAAGACAAGAUGCUAACUUUAGUUUGACUUGAAACAGCAGGUGAGGUUAAAGGUGCAAAUGUUCAAAUGUUUAUCAGCACAGACUACAUUGUUAAAUGUCAUCGCAUCCCUUUAAUCAUACUUGAACUCCUUAUCCUGUAUACGCACCGUAUAAAAUCUAAUACUCAAGGACAGACUUGGCUGAAAGCUCAGGUCACACCUUGUUUACUGCCACUGUUUUUGAUCACAAAUUGUAGUUGGACUCAUCAAAGGAUUUUGGCACCAUUAACACAUGGAAGUCAACAUUGUUUGGUCCUACCGGACGGUAACAGUUUUAGCUUUCUAUGUAAAUACUCGUAUUACUGUAUAUUAGAAUACAUAUUAAAACAAACAUAUCUGAAUAACA